AUGUCCCAUGUCCCAUGUCCCAUGAUGUCCGACGCGUGGUUCGCCGAGAAGCUCGCGCCUGACGGCGACACGAUAGACGGCUGCCACCCCCAGCAGGCACAGGCGCUGAAGCAGUACCUGCGCGAGGAGAUGAGCGCCCAGUCAGCCGCCCGCGCCAUCACACAGCCCGUCCUAGAGGCUGAGAACCCAGUGGAGAGCCUACAGUCCUUCUGGGGCUUUCUGGUCGAUGCCCUGAUCGAGCUACCUUCCAGACACACCGGUGGACUAGUCACACUGCUCCAGGCGGUCCAAGACCUUCCUGAGCCUGAUACAACAGCACCAGGAUGCGAGAAGCUCAGGCGUAAGAAGCUCUGGCGUGAGCUGCCGGGAUUUGGCCACCAAUAUGCCGACGCUCACCAGUGGCAGGACUGCCGCAAACUCUACACCACAGCGGCGGCAGCAACAGACAACUUGGAGCAGAAGCGCCUGCAAGACUACAACACCAAGAAGGCCAAGGUCGAAGCUCAUCUGGUGGAGGCAGGGCUCCUCCCCAUCGACUGGGGGUACGAGACGGUGGCAGAUGCGCUGGAGGCAAGCAGCGCCGUGCUCGACCUCGAGGUGCCUGCAGCGGCAGAGUGGCUCGUCAUCCUGGGCCCGCGCUUCCGCGCAGGUGCCGCCAAGGGGGAGCAGAGCUGGGCCCUGGCGAGGCAGAGAGACCUCUGGAAGGGCGGCGGCGGCUCGAUGACGCGAGAGCGCUACUCUUUCUGGGCCGAGCGGCUAGGCAGCCUCAGCCUGCAGGCGUGUGAAGCUGCCACGCUUCGUGCUGCGGCGGCGGCAAGGGAGGCAAUGUGGCGGCAGCAAGGAGAAGGAGAGCGGGGUCAGCAGUAG